GAGGCGGGGCCAGGGCGGGAGAAGAAGACGGAGGAGGAGGAGAGGUCGGAGCCGUCUCCAGGAGCCCUUAGAGACCGAGUCCCGGCGGCGGCGGCGGCGGGGCAGCCACCGGCAGACGAGGGAGCACCCGGAGGUGGACGCAGGUGCAACUUCCUCCCCUCUCCCACCAGUGUGCUCAGGCCUGCCAGCUCUGCUCCUAGUUGCGAUGAUUACACUCCUACAAGUGUCCGGCUUGGGCGAAGUACUAAACUUGCCUCAGGUACCGCUGACCACUUGUGGGUUCUUGGAUAAGCUACCUCCAUUCUCCAAGCAUCUGUAAGAAGGGAACAAACUUCAAAAGGUUGUUGUGAGGAUAAAAGCAAAAUAAAACAUCUAAAGCACUGAACGCGAUUCACUCCUCCACUUGAAACCUGAAAACGGUGGGCCACACACAGUCUGACUGCUUUCAGGUAAAAACAAUAAUUAAAGAUGUCAAGCAAAACAGCAAGCACCAACAACAUCACCCAGGCAAGGAGAACUGUGCAGCAGUUAAGACUAGAAGCUUCCAUCGAGAGAAUAAAGGUAUCAAAGGCAUCAGCCGAUCUCAUGUCCUACUGUGAGGAGCAUGCCAGGAGUGACCCUCUGCUGAUGGGGAUACCAACCUCAGAAAACCCUUUCAAGGACAAGAAAACGUGCAUCAUCUUAUAGAGGAGAGUGAACCAGUUCCUCGCGUCUCUUCAGCAAAUCAAAUUAUGAGCAGCUCCUUGAAGAGAAGUACCUUCAGCUUAUUUGGUAACCACUGCUAAUAACUAAAAUGCUCUUAAUAUGGAAUAAUGGACUCUGAAGUCUUUAUUUUCCAAGUUGUCCUUUCUCUGAAAUACCCUUUACUGAUCUAAUACAAAGUAACAAUCUUGUUUUCCAUUUGGUAACCGUGGUGUCAUAUUGGGUUGCUGCUUAACGCAAGUCAUUCUGGGCCUUUUAAAAAACACAAAGAUAGGCUUUCAACUAUAUGAAUGAUCCGUUUAUGUCAAGACCUAAAUUACCUAAGCCCCUGUCUAGAUUAAAAUGCCAAGAAUAACUUAAGUCCUUAAACCAUUAUAUUAUAAUGUGUUCUUAAUAGGGUUGCACUAACCUGUACAGUAUAUACGGAUGAGGAGUGUUUUGUGUAUAUAGAUAUAAAUACAUGUCUUUGUAUAUACACAUAUCAAAGCUUAUUUGCUUAAUAAAAUGCUCUUCAUACCAUCAGUCCCUCAGCUCCAGAAGUUUCCCUUUAUCUUAAGCUAUGUGUGAGUAGAAUAAGAAAUUCUUUUUAUAUAGUUAUUGUACAAAAACUAAAGGCCAUCCUAAAGGUUGUAUUCAUUGCCAUCAAGUAAUGAAGUCAUCUCUUGCUGACCCUCUCCGGCUACAAUACACUGUGCCAAUUAAAGUUUUUAAAGUGACCUGAAUGCCCUUUCAUAAUGUGAGGUAUUCAUUCACAAGAGGCCUUUCCGGCUUCAGUGAUCCUGAGUCGAGAGAAGG